UGGUCUCCUCUUCACUGGUGACCAGGUCCAAGAUAUCAUUGGGACGCAUAAAGGACUUCCCCACAGUGUCAGGUCGGUGGUCAACGUCUGGACUGAAAGUCAGAAGACUACUACUGAUUUGCUGGUUGGUCUUAGAACACAGCAACAUGGCAACAUCUCUCAUGGACACCAGUGAGGAAACAACCACAUUUGACUAUGACUUUUCAAUGCCUUGCCAAAAGAUGAACAUAAAGACUCUAGGAGCCAAGUUCCUGCCUCCUCUGUACUCCUUUGUGUUCAUCGUGGGUCUACUGGGCAAUGUCACGGUGGUGCUGAUCCUUAUUAAGUACAAGAGAUUCAAGAGUAUGACCAACAUCUACCUCUUCAAUUUGUCCAUUUCAGACCUGCUUUUCCUGUUCAUACUUCCCUUCUGGAUUCACUAUGCUAGGAAAAAUGACUGGGUUUUUGGUCAUACCAUGUGUAAGAUCCUCUCUGGCCUUUAUUAUGUGGGCUUAUACAGUGAAAUUUUUUUCAUUGUCCUGUUGACCAUUGACAGGUAUCUAGCUGUAGUCUAUGCCGUGUUUGCCCUGAAAGCCAGGACAGUUACCUUUGGCAUCUUCACCAGCAUUAUCACGUGGGGCUUGUCAGCCUUGGCAGCUCUUCCUGAGUUUAUCUUUCAUGAGUCCCAGGAGGACUUGGAGACUCACAUAUGCAGCCCUCGUUAUCCCGAGGGCCACGAAGACAAAUGGAAGCGCUUCCAGGCUCUGAGAAUGAACAUCUUGGGACUUGCUAUUCCAUUGACCAUCAUGAUCAUCUGCUACACAGGAAUCAUCAAAAAACUGCUCAGAUGUCGUAAUGACAAGAAGUAUAAGGCAGUCAGGCUCAUCUUUGUCAUCAUGAUCGUCUUCUUUCUUUUCUGGACCCCCUAUAACCUCACUCUUCUUGUCUCUGCUUUUCAAGCAUCUUUUUUUAGCGGGGACUGUGAGAGGAGCAAACAGCUGGACAUAGCGAUGCAAGUGACUGAAGUAAUUGCCUUCACUCAUUGUUGCAUCAACCCCGUGAUUUAUGCCUUUGUUGGAGAACGAUUUCGGAAAUACUUCUGUCAUUUUGUCCGCAGACAUAUUGCAGUUCAUCUGUUCAAUCAUAUUCCAUUCCUGCUUGGUGAGAAGCUGGAGCGAGUCAGCUCUAUUUCUCCAUCCACAGGUGUACAGGAGCUCUCUGCUGCAUUUUAAGUCAGACUUACAUCAACCUUCCCUAAAAAAAACAAAACAAAACAUGAUGGAGACCAUAGUUAUCUUGGGCACUUGGCUGUCCAGACCAAAAUUCCAGACUCCAAGCAAGAAAUAUAGGCUCUAGGGGCAGCUAGGUAGUGCAGUAGAUAGAGCACUGGCCCUGGAUUCAGGAGGAUCUGA